AUGUUUUCAUUCUCCCACCUCAGCAUCCUAGCGCUGGUCGCUUCGUUUGCUUCCUCCCAUGUCAUCAUGGUCGAGCCUCAUCCUUUCAACCUCGACACAGAACCCCUCUACCAAACUUGGCCUCUGAGCGCUGACCUUCCAUUUCCUUGUCAAGGACGCACCCAGCAUGCCGAACAGGUCACAAAGGUAACAGCCGGAACCACGCAGACCGUCAAGUUCUGGGGGAGUGCUGUCCACGGCGGCGGAUCAUGCCAAUUCAGUGUCGCCUAUGGCAAGACUCCUCCAAGUGAUCCUAACAAGUGGCACACCAUCUACAGUAUCAUCGGAGGAUGCCCUGCUGAAGCUACUGGUAACAUUCAAACCACUGGCAAAGACCCCCACGGUCGUGAGAACGGACCCGAGUGUGCGAACGAAAACGACAAGGAGUGUACCAAGAAGUUCAACAUCCCCAUCCCCAAGGAUAUGCGAAACGGCCCUGCUAUUUUUGCUUGGACAUGGUUCAACAAGAUCGGUAACCGUGAGAUGUACAUGGUAUGUGCCCCUAUCGAAGUCGUCGGCGGUAAGGAUGACAGUACCUUUGUGGAAACUCUUCCUGCUGUCUUUCGUGCCAAUAUUCCCGGUGAGUGUACGACUGGAGCUAGUGGAAGUGUCAUCAACUUCCCUGAGCCUGGUGAUUUCGGAAAGGUCAUUGAACAGGGUACUCCUGGUAGUGACGGGACAUGCGCCAAGGGAGUUGAGCCCAAUUUCAAGGAUGCAUCUCCUUCUGAGCCUAAGCCUGAGGAGCCUGUAUCAUCAGCACCAGCUCAACCUGGAUCUCCAACUGAACAUCCCCCUUCACCUCCUGUCGAGUCUGCUCCUGUGGCAUCAUCUGUUCAACCCUCGGUCCCUGCAGUUUCUUCAAUUCAGCCUCCUGCACCCACCACUCCCGUUCAGCCAACAUCUGUACCAGCUCCCGUCAAUCCUGAACCUCCUGCUAGCGGUGUUCCUACCUGGGUUGAUGAGAACUAUAAGGCUUGUCCUGGUGUUCAGUCCGGUAUGUUGUACUGUUUCUCUGAGACUACCUGGGGUAUUUGCAACCAAGGUUGGGCUUUUGUUUCUGCUGUGGCCCCUGGCACCAAGUGCAUCGACGGUCUCAUCUCCUAG